AUGGCUGCUACAGUUCUUGGGAAGCGAUCUCGCAAGGUCCUUGAUGCAGAAGAUGUCGCCAAUGUACCUCCUUCUCCCAAGAGACGAACGCGACGCUCAGUACCUGAGAUAUAUGAAGAUGCAUCUCCAGAGCAAGGGACGAAUACAAGGCCCGUCACAACACGUAACAGACAGUCGAAGCGUACCGUUCGAGACAGUCCUGUAAAUCUUGUCGAGAAUGAUAUUCGACUCUCGGACGAAAACCUGCCGCCGUCCAAUGUCUCAACUCCAACAGCUGCUCGCUUUAAGGACGUCUUUGCUGUCGCCCCCAGUACCCCGAAGCACCGCGUCCGCCUUUCGGGUAGGCUCCUUACGCCUCAAUCGUUGCGAUCAUCUACACCAAAGUCACAAAAUGUGUAUUCCCGAGCUCGACAGUUGUUCACCCAUGCCAGUAAUGGAAAUAUUAUUGGACGAGAGGCAGAACGAAACCAUUUGAAGAAGUUCAUUUCCAAAGCCUUUGAAUCCAAAACUGGAGGCUGCACGUAUGUGAGCGGGCCGCCCGGCACUGGAAAAAGUGCACUUGUCCAGGAGAUCAUGCACGAAUCUUCAGAGCCACACGUCCGGACCGCCAUCGUCAACUGUGUCUCGUUAAAAUCUGCCAACGAUGUACUCGUCCAACUCAACAGCGCAUUCUGUUCAACCAAGGGCAAUGCCAAGUCAACCAAGACUAGCCUGGCAAAACUCUUCACGACCACAAAGGCGAACUCCAGCAUGUAUCUGGUGUUGCUUGACGAGAUUGACACGCUGCUCCAUGGUGACUGCGAUAUCUUGUACAACAUCUUCGAAUGGGCCAUGCAUCCCUCCUCAUGUCUCAUCCUGAUCGGCAUCGCCAAUGCUCUGGACCUGACCGAUCGGUUUCUGCCACGUCUGAAGCUGAGAAAUGUCAAACCACAAUUACUACCAUUCCUGCCGUACUCUGCACAGCAAAUUUCGACCAUCAUCUGCGAAAAGCUUCGUUCUCUUAUACCAGGUGGGACGGCCGGUGGGUCGGAAUUCAUCCCAUUGAUGCAUCCCGCAGCCGUUCAACUAGCUGGCAAGAAAAUUUCCUCUCAAACGGGUGAUCUGCGAAAGGCAUUCAGUCUGGUCCGUCGUGCUAUUGACCAGAUCGAACAAGAAACCUUGUUGAAGACGAAUCAGGAACAGAGUAUAACACCAACCAAAACAGCUCUCAGCGAAAUCCGCAAUAUGGGCUCAAGCAUCGGUACUCCAUCACCUUUCAAGGACCAGCGUUCGGUACUCGGACAGCUCACCUUUGAGACCGCACCAAGAGCGACAAUUGCACAUGUGGCCAAAAUUGCGGCAAGCAUUUUCAACAAUGGGACUAUUUCUCGUUUGAGCGGCCUCAACUUGCAACAGAAAGCAGUGCUAUGUUCGCUGGUGGCUUCUGAAAAUCGGCAGUUCCGCCGUGAUCCUUACACCACUCCUUCCAAGUCGUGGUCAAAAGUACCUACCGUAAAAGAGUUGUUCGAGAAAUAUGCUGCUUUGUGUAAGCGUGACGAAGGAUUGUUGCAACCGCUCAAGAACACUGAGUUUCGGGAUGUGGUGGCCAGCUUGGAGACUCUGGGAUUGGUGCAAGAAGCAUCCGGGCGAACGUCAAAGCUGCUCACCCCUACUAACACACCUUCUAGAUCUGGAAGAGGAGGAAUGGAUGACAAGCUGGUGGUAAGCGCUGUUUCAGAAAAGGAAAUGCGAGACAGCCUUACUGGGCCGGGCUCUGAUUUGCUUUUGAGAUUACUUGACGAAGAAUGA